AUGUCUAUGCACUUUGUAUCUUCACAGAAACAUCAAGAGAAGCCAAAAGCAAUGAAGCCUUCCAUGAGCAUCGUCGUCGUCGUCUUCUUUGUGACCUUCCAGGCCAUCUCUGCUUUUAACCCUGAGGAAACUUGCAUACGAAGAAACAUCGACAGGUCGCAAGCUCCAAAGUCUUCACUAGAACCCAAGACGCCAAUGUUCGACUCUCUUAGGGACACUUUUUGCAGAGACAUGGCUCGUGCUGUCAUGUUCUAUGUGAGGAUAACAGGAAAAUUACCAUCUCACUAUGUGAAGGCCAUGUGCAAUGUGUUUGGAAAUGAUGAGAAGAAAGUGAAGGAGUAUGUUAUGGACAAGUGGUUGGGAGGUUCGAAGCUCGUGUCUAAUUUAUCUUGUCCUCUUCCUUGA